AUGAUUCUCUUCAAUAUUGAGGAGGAUGUUCAGGAGCUUGUCAGGAUCUCCCGAAGGGCUGAACAACGUUCACUCAAUGCCGAUGACCAGCAUUGGUUGAAGACACUCAAUGCCACCGACCCUAGUCUUGAUAAAGUUCGGAUCGAGGAGGCCAAAGGUUGGCUCGUUCGAGACUCAUACAGCUGGGUGCUCGACCACGUGGACUUUCAGACAUGGAAGGAUUCAAAAGACGCCCAGCUUCUCUGGAUCAAGGGUGAGCCCGGCAAAGGCAAAACGAUGUUGCUGUGCGGAAUCAUUGAUGAGCUUUCAAGAACAGCCAUGCAUGACACAAAUAUUGCAUAUUUCUUUUGCCAAGCAGACAGGAGCUACCUUGACAAUGCCACAGCAGUUUUGCGAGGGCUGAUCAAUAUGCUCGGCAGGCAACAACCCUCACUGAUCACCCAUAUCCGCGACGGUUUUUUCGAGGGCGAGAAUGCGUGGUAUGCGUUACUCAGAGCAUUCACGAAUAUUCUUGAGGAUCAGCAUCUACAAAGCACGUACAUAAUUAUCGACGCACUUGAUGAGUGUAAGACCGACUUGAGCCGACUGCUUCAUGUUAUCGUUGAAAAAUCGUCGGUGUGUCCACAUGUCAAAUGGCUUGUCUCCAGCCGAAAUUGGCCGGAUAUUGAAAGAGAUCUCCGUGGUACCGCGCAGCUACAGCUUCGCCUCGAACUUAACGCGAGCACUUUAUCGUCCGCCGUUGAAAUUUUUGUCCAGCACAGAGUGAAGGCGUUGGCAGAUAAACACGACUACGGCCCUGAUAUGCAGAACGAUGUCCAGCAUUAUUUAGUCUCGAGGGCAAGUGGCACUUUCCUAUGGGUAGCCUUGAUUUGCGACCAACUCACCAAGACUCGAAAAUGGAACGUUAUGAAACGCCUGGAAUAUUUUCCUCCUGGUCUCAAUGAGCUUUACAAGCGGAUGUUGAACCAGAUCAGCAGAUCGGACGAUGCUGAAAUAUGCAAGUCUAUCCUCGGUGUUGUCGCAAGUGUUUACCGCCCCAUCACGUUAGACGAACUGGCAUCUUGUAUGGAUCUGCCCGAGGAAGUGAGGGAGGACGAAGGGACUCUAGUAGAGGUGAUAGAGCUUUGUGGCUCUUUUCUGACGCUACGAGGACGCACAAUUACUUUGGUCCAUCAGUCGGCCAAGGAUUUUCUCAUAGGCGACGCUGUUGAUGAGAUCUUUCCUGACAAGCAACAAGAAAGUGUACACUCUUCCAUCUGCUUCAAGUCGUUACAAGUUAUACAGACCCUUCGACGCGAUAUUUAUGGCCUGGUUGCCCCGGGAUAUGCAAUCGAUCGGGUCCGACAGCCAGAUCCAGAUCCCCUCGUUGCCGCACGCUACGCAUGUGUCUACUGGGUUGAUCAUCUAGCCAAGUGUUCUCCUAGGCAGCUGGCGCAGAUGAAUUUUCAAGAUAAUGGGCCGAUUGGGAUGUUCUUCUGUCAAGACUACCUUCACUGGCUCGAGGCUUUGAGCCUAUUAGGAAGCCUAACACAGGGAGUAGCUUCAAUACUGAAGCUUGAGAACCUGUUGAAGGCGACAGCAACAGCAAACCCCGAGUUGGUCAGUAGAGUUCAAGAUGCAAAGCGCUUUAUUCUAUAUCAUAAGAUCGCGAUCGAGAACCACCCGCUCCAAGUAUACAGCUCUGGACUCAUAUUUAGUCCAGUCCAGAGUAUAACCAGGUGUCGAUUUCAGACACAGGUACCAGAUUGGGUGGUCGUAAAGCCAAAGAUGGAAGAAAGUUGGAGUCUAUGCCUACAGACACUGGAAGGUCACAGUGACGAUGUCACAUCAGUCGUCUUCUCUCAUGACUCUAAGCUACUCGCUUCCAGCUCAGAGGAUCGCACUAUGAAGCUCUGGGAUCCCAGCACCGGAAAGUGCCUGCAGACACUAGAAGGUCAUAAGGACGGGGUGAACUCGGCUGCCUUCUCCCAUGACUCCAAGAUACUCGCCUCCAGCUCAGAAGAUCGGACUAUCAAGCUCUGGGAUACUAGCAGUGGAAACUGUCUACAAACUUUGCAUCAUAAAAGCCGUGUCUUUUCAGCUCGAUUCUCCCACGAUUCUAAGCUACUUGUCUCUGUUGUAUUUACUGGGGAGCUCAGUCUCUGGGAUGCUCGUUCUGGGCACUGCCUAGAGGUUCUAUGUGGCCGUGGCUGUCACAACUCAUUUACCUUCUCUCAUGACUCUAAGCUACUCGCCUAUGCCUCUGGUAGUACCACUCUUAAUAUUUUUGACACUGUGGAAAUGCGCAGCUUCAAUAUUCUGGAAGGUCAUGGUGGCCGGGUUCAUUCAGUUGCCUUCUCUCAUGACUCCAAGCUGCUGGCCUCCGCCGCCGGGGAUCAUACCAUUAAGAUCUGGGAUACUAGUACCUUCAAGUGCUUGCAGACUCUUGAAUACUUCAGCGGCUAUAAGCCUCAUGUGAUAUUUUCCUAUGAUUCCAAGCUCCUCCUACUCGCUUCUAAUGUAUUGGGUGCUAUUAGCAUAUGGGAUCCUGCUACAGGACAGUGCUUACAGACUCUAGACGAUCAUAGUGGCCGGACUGGUUCAAUCUGUUUCUCCACUGACUCCGCGCUACUCGCCUCUGGUUCUAAGCAUACUGUCAGAAUCUGGGAUAGUGGCACCCGGCAGUCCUCACAGAACCUAGAGACUGAUGAUGCUACUGUCUAUACACUCGUCUUCUCCCCUGAUGCUAUGAUGCUUGCAUCUAGGACAAGCGGCUCCGUCAAGCUCUGGGAUACCAAUAGUGGUCAGUGGCUUCAUACUCUGGGUAUGACCAAUGGGUCUGUAAAUAUAUUGGUCUUCUCCCGUGAUUCCAAGCUACUUGCCUAUUACUUCCAGAAUACCAUCAAUCUUUGGGAUACCAGCAGUGGGGAGUGCCGAACAACUUUAGAUGGCCAUUUUUCUGAUGUUGUUUCUAUAGCCUUCUCCCAUGACUCCGGGAUACUCGCCUCUGGUUCGGACUAUGAAGAAGGCAAGAUUAAGCUUUGGGAUACUGGCACGGGAAGAUGUCUACAGACACUUGAGGACCGUGGUUUUCCUGUUACUUCGGUUGCCUUCUCCCACGAUUCCAAGCUGCUUGUAUCUGGUUCCUUCUUUCAUAUUGGUCUCAUAGUCUGGGAUACUAGCAGUGGGAAGCGGCUGCAGACUUUGAAGGGUCAUAGAUUGGGUUGCAUCGAAUCACUCGCCUUUUCUUCCGAUUCUAAGCUUCUUGCCUCCUACGCAGCAGACCACAGUAUCAGUCUCUGGGACACUGAUACUUGGCAGUGUCUCCAGGUUUUGGAUGGCCAGGGCAUUUCUUCCAUCCAUUUUGACAUCUCCGACCCAUGCCUUCUUCUAACUAACAGAGGCAGUAUCCGAGUGCCCUUGGUUGUUGAGAACGAAUCACCCCAAGGAGUCCCAGUAGUACCACAAUUCCAAGCAUUGGGCGUCAGUCUCGAUGGGAGCUGGAUUAAGUGGUGUUCGGAGAACCUACUGUGGUUACCACCGGAGUAUCGUCCGUAUGUAGUUACUGUGGCAGCCUCGCAGUCAGCUAUUGCUAUUGGCUGUCGAUCAGGGCUAGUUUUCAUACUCAGGAUUGAUGCCCAAAAGCUUUUACAGUAUCUUGCUGGGGAUUGA